AUGGGGCAACGUAUACACAUCGAGCUAAUCGGAAUUGUACAGCAUCGAUUAAUUUUUUUGCAGGAAGUACAGAAUGGUGCUACGAUUAAGGACCGAAAAGAACGAAAAGAAAAGGAAACUAGGCGUAUGAUCAACCAGCUGCUUAUGGGACAUCCAAAAAUGGUGGAUGGCCCAGAUCAGGAAGAACUGCUGGCAGAAAACGAAGCGGAAGUUGGUUCAAAGAACGAUUUGUCUCCGAAUGGUGUGGAUGGUGUUAUCCAAACUGACAAUGACCGAGAGCAAAAGUUUCCAGGUUUCCGACUACUCGAACGGGCGCCUGAGACUGAGUUUAGUGACUGCAACUGA